AUGGGCGUGAAGUCGUUGGCAGUCCUACUCCCCAGGGACACUUCCACGAUUAAUCAAAUCCUUGUAACCCUGUUCGAUAUAACCAGCAUUUCGAACCUGGCCAUCACUUCUCAGGGAAUAACUAGUCUGUGGGAGACUUUGCAGUACGCUAACAUAAGGGACGAAGAAAUACUUGAGAAGCUGUGCGAGCACUCACGUUACUUGAGACUGGACCACUCCUUCAACUCAAACAUGUUGACCUCCAUAGUUGCCGCCCUCCAUAAACUGAAAGUUAAGGACCCUAGGGUCAUAUACCAGAUAGUCCACUGGCUUGAAAAGAGGAGUAGUCAGAUGCAUCCUCAGCAGAUGUACACAACCAUAUCUCUGCUGGAUAGCAUGGGUGUGUAUCACGAUAAGGCGUGGAAACAAUUAGGUAUUUCCGGGAUAACACAUGGGCCUUGCAGGUGUUGUAGUUCAGAAGAAGGCCAUCGACCUCGAGCUCGGCGAAAUAAGGAAUCUGUACAACAUUUUUAA